GGCGUUGCAAACCAAAGCAACCCGAGGGCCAACCCGAAACGCGUACGCGAGCGAGCGAUGAAUCCCGUGAAUCAUCAGUUGUGUCUAAACACAAGCGGGGUGGAUCCGACUGAUUUGCUUUAGGCGUUCAAUCAAAAUCGGACGGCUCGGACGCCAAUCAGAUAAGUCCUAUCCUUCACCCUCAGUCCACUCGCAAUCGCCGCUCUACCCACGCCAACAAUGCUCCUUCGGAAACUCACCCCACUGGCCGCCCGCGCCUCGCCAUUCCUCCGCCCCACAGCAGGAUGCAGCAGAUCACUCGCUACCGCCUCCACCCUGGCGCCGCUGCAGAGCGCAAACCUGCAGAAGAAGUUGACGGACUCGCCAAAGACGAAGCUGGCGAAUAAGGAGUUGCAGUUCGGGAGGACUUUCUCGGACCACAUGCUUUCGAUUGAGUGGGAUAGCACGAAGGGAUGGGCCACGCCAAAGAUCCAGCCGUACGGCAAGCUCUGCCUCGACCCAUCAGCUACCGUCUUCCACUACGCCAUGACAUGUUUCGAAGGCAUGAAAGCUUACAAAGACAAGCAAGGGCGGAUCCGUCUCUUCCGGCCCGACAUGAACAUGGCGCGGUUGAAGAAGUCGUGUGAGAGGUUGACCCUGCCCACUUUCGACAACGACGAGCUGUUGAAGUGCAUUAAGGAGCUGCUGCGGGUUGAUCACUCGUGGAUUCCAUCGGAGAGGGGUUACUCGCUGUACUUACGGCCUACCGCUAUGGCUACGCAGGAGUCUUUGGGCGUCGGACCAUCGGACCGAUCUCUCCUCUUCGUCAUCGCAUCGCCCGUCGGCCCAUACUAUAAAACAGGUUUCGCCGCAGUUUCGCUCUACGCAACACAGCACUACGUCCGCGCAUGGCCUGGAGGAACAGGUGACGCCAAGAUCGGCGGAAACUACGCGCCUGGCAUCAGGCCUCAGAUCGAGGUUUCGAAAAAGGGAUACCAGCAGAACCUGUGGAUCUUUGGCGAGGAGGAGGCUAUCACUGAAGUCGGAACGAUGAACUUUUUCAUGUACUGGACCAACGAACAAGGCGAACGCGAACUCGUCACCCCACCCCUCGACGGCACCAUCCUCCCCGGCGUAACCCGCGACUCGAUCCUCUCCCUCGCGCGCCAAUGGGGAGAAUUCAAAGUCUCCGAGCGCGCCCUCACCAUGCCCAUGCUGCGCCGCGCUGUGGAAGAGAACCGCGUGCACGAGCUGUUUGGAUCAGGAACCGCCGCGAUUGUCAGCCCGAUCAAGAAUGUGAGGUAUAAGGAUGUGGACUUGAAGAUUCCGCUGGAUCCGAAUGAUAAAAGUGCGCAGGCGGGGCCGUUGACGCAGAGGAUUGCGGAUACGAUUAUGGGGAUUCAGUAUGGCGAGAUUGAGCAUGAGUGGUCUGUUGUUGUUUAGGGUGGUGGAUGAAUUCAUGGUUGGAUGACACGGUUGGACUCUGUGGCUGAUGGGAUGCUAUAGCACUCCAACGCACACACACGCAGACGAACCCUAGAUAGAUCUCUCUCUAGGACCUCUCACUACGUUCAUUUCUCCCAUUCCAUUUGUGCAAUUGAAUGCUCGUUUUGGCUCUCCGAUUGGCUCUCCCGUGCUCCCAUCGGGCGCCUUAUGAUGCAUCUCAUUAAGAGAUCACCUCUAGACAAAGAAAGCUA